GGUAGAAUUAUUACACUUUUCUCGAAUUUUUUUUCAAUGGCCUCAUCGUAUAAUUUCUUUCCAGAAAAUGGAUGACGAAUGGGAUGAUGCUUCUGAAAUUGUGGCCCCGCCUCCAGUAGUUAAAAACACAUACAAUAGUUAUGAUGACCCGUCAGUAGAUGAAGGACACAGCCUAUCCAGAGGCAGAGGCUUCACAUCAUUUGAUGAUGAUUUAGAUAAAGACAAUGGCGGUGGCUUUGGCGACAGACGCGGGCGCGGCGGCCGGGGCGGAGGCCGAGGCAGAGGCGGCCGCGGGGGGCGCGGCGGCGGCAGGGAGCACCGGGAUUAUGAGACUAAUGGUGACAGUUACGGCGACGACAAUGACAGGGGUGACAGAGGCGACCGCGGGGAAAGGGGUCGCGGGAGGGGCCGAGGCGGUCGCGGUGGCGGGCGCGGCGGCGGCGGCGAUAGAGACCGCGGCGAUCACGGUGACGGCGAGCCGGAAUUGGGCGAAGACGGCGAGCCGAAGAAGCCGCCGGUGACGUACGUCCCGCCGGAACCCAGCAAUGAUGAGCAGGAAAUCUUCAGCAGCACAAUUAGCUCCGGAAUCAACUUUGAUAAGUUUGACGCUAUUGCUGUUAAAGUGAGUGGAGAGAACCCGCCACGGCCUAUUGAUAGCUUCGAAAACGCCAACCUUCGGAAGUACGUCCUAGACAACAUAUUAAAGUCCGGCUACACAAAACCCACACCUAUUCAGAAGCAUGCGUUACCCAUCAUCAUGAAUGGCAGGGAUCUCAUGGGAUGUGCACAGACUGGCUCGGGUAAAACUGCAGCAUUCCUGUUACCCAUAAUAAAUACACUGCUCCAAGACAACAGGGAGCUUAUAGUCGGACCAAAUGGAUGUGCUCAGCCACAAGUAAUCAUAGUGUCGCCCACACGCGAGCUGACGCUGCAGAUAUUCAACGAGGCGAGAAAGUUCUCGUACGGCUCGGUACUGAAAAUCGCUGUGGCGUACGGUGGGACGGCCGUGCGUCACCAAGGAGAUAACAUUGCUAGAGGCUGCCACAUCCUAGUGGCGACUCCGGGUCGCUUGCAUGACUUCGUAGACCGCAGCCGCGUGUCUUUCGAGAGCAUUCGCUUCGUGGUCCUGGACGAGGCCGAUCGCAUGUUGGACAUGGGCUUCAUACCCAGCGUUGAGAAGAUGAUGGAACAUUCCACCAUGGUGCCUCUUACUGACCGCCAAACGCUCAUGUUCUCCGCGACCUUCCCCGAAGACAUCCAGCACUUAGCGGGCCGCUUCCUCAACAACUACUUGUUCGUUGCCGUCGGCAUCGUAGGCGGGGCCAGCACGGAUGUGGAGCAGAUAUUCCUGCAGGUCGCCAAGUAUGAGAAGCAGAAUGAGCUGAAGAAACUCAUUGAGGAGAACAACGGCAAGCGCGUCCUCGUGUUCGUGGAGACGAAGCGCAACGCGGACUUCAUCGCCGCCAUGCUCUCGGAGCGGCAGAUGCUGACGUCAUCCAUCCACGGCGACCGAAUGCAACGCGAGCGCGAGGAAGCGUUGCACAACUUCAAGAGCGGCCGCCAUUUUAUCCUCGUCGCCACCGCCGUCGCCGCCAGGGGGCUUGAUAUCAAAAAUGUUGACAUCGUCGUGAACUACGACCUCCCAAAGAGCAUAGAUGAAUACGUACACAGGAUCGGCAGGACCGGUCGUGUCGGCAACAGAGGAAAAGCUGUUUCCUUCUUUGACUCUGACCAGGACAACGCACUGGCAGCGGAUCUGGCCAAGAUCCUGCGGCAGGCCGAGCAAGACGUGCCUGACUUCCUGCAGACCACAGGCACCGCUACCUACAAGGGCAACAAGUAUGGCGGCAGCGAUAUCAGGAACUUCAACAACGCCGCUUCCAGUGUAGAUCAAGGCCAAGAGCCUGAGGAAGAAUGGUAAACUUAUGGACCUCUUGAAAUUACACCACUUGGUAUACCAGUGAACGACCGUUUGAUUGUAGUGCAACACGUGGUGUGUGUAUAUCAAUGGUGCUUAUGCUGUGAACCUGUGACACUGUGGACUAUUCAUACAGAACUAGAUCCAUAAAAUCAUCUCAAGUGACAUUGCGCAAAUAUCAAACUCCACUAACCAAUCGUCAUCAACGUAAGACUGGAAACCUAACCUUUGACCUAGUAUUCUAGAUUUAAGAAUUAAAUAUAAGAAACCCCCUACCUUAUCCAUUUUUUUUUACCAAUUGCAUAAGUCCCUUUGGUUAUACAUCAUUGUUGUACUUAUAUAAAAUAAUUUAACAUUAAUUAGUUAGUAAGUUCAAUUAACAUUUGUUUUUUUUUUAUUUUUAACACAAAAGUGGUUGAUUUAAGUUUCUUUUCUGUUAUUUUUUUUUUUCAUUGUGUGAUGGAAAUCAGGAUUUAUGUAGGCAUUUGACAAAGGUUUGCUUUUAUAAAUGCUACACGAAAAUCUGUGAUGUAAUGUUAAAGUUGCUCAGUUUAAAUUUUAAAAUAGUUACUACUCAUAGGUUUAUUUCGAUAACUUGUAAGAUAUUACUUUACGUAUUUUGUGAGCUUUAGACUCAUUUUAUUAUCUUACUUACAUGGAAAGCAUUGCUUGUUCAGAAUCUCUUAUUAUGUACAAAGUAAAACCACUGCGGACUAGGCCUGUGUUAUAUGGCCCAGGCAGCUAUGUGCCUCGUACACUUACCCUCUGUACAAAUUGGAACAAAACAUUUGUGAAUGUUUUAAUUUUAUAAUCUGUGAUGAUUAUUAUAAGUAGAGAUAGAUUCGCAUCAUCUUUUGCCAUAGGUAUUGUUUAGUUCAAAACUA